CUGUUUGCCUUCGGCAUGUCGAUAAAUCAACCCCUUUUCUCCCGCGACGACCCUCCCGAACCGUCUGAAACAGCUUCGUUAACGAUCGUUCUAGACACGAUGUCCCUCGGUGCGCCGUCAUCCAUCGUCGGUUGGUUUGUUCGAUGGUUGCUGCCCCUACUGCUCGCCCUCCCAACACCGUGGCUGACCGUUCGGGGUGAAUUUGUUGCAGUGCGUGCAUCCACCACCAACCGGACAUUACUCUGCUGGGCCAUAAAACUGUCCCCAACGGCGUACGUCACCGAGGCGCAGUGUGUCCGGCCCUACCGAAAGCACCAAAUUGUGAUGAUUUAUGGUGACAUUGCACCGGGACCGUCCGUUCGGGAGCGCUUGGGUCGAAAGGUGGCUAGCUUGCGGCAACCACUCUGCCGGCAUCGUGUACCGCCGAUGAUGCUGGCCAGCGCUCCGGACGGCAGCAACCGAACCGUGCUCGAUCGCACCGUACGCAACUUUAUCGCAUCGUACUCCGUGCUGUCCGCGACCGGCCGGACGUUAACUUGCCGCGAGUGUCAAGUGUCGGCGAUACGGCGUGUCCUUCCAUGUCCGGCCACACCCGGCACGGCCGUACUGUACACCGACUGUCUUCAGCAGAUGGAUGCGACAGUUGCGGCUGCGAAAAGCAAACGGCACAGAGACGCUUGGGUCUGGCAGUUCCGGCGAAAGCUCAAAGCAACACUGUACGCCGAGCUGGAACGGAUGGGCAGGGAACGGAUGGCGAUGCUCAACUUUAUGACCGGCACAGUCGCCGAACCGGUCGCGUAAAAUGUUGCACCAGCACCACGGCAAUAAAGAGGCGCUCGGUGACGGUGCAUCCAGCGUCAGAGGUGGACUGCGUGCCGUUGUGUGUGUGUUUCUUAUCCUAGAAAAGGUGGUUCCUUCGUGGCACAACUGCUUCUGCGUACAGUCGAGUGGGUUUUACUUUAUGAGCGACGUACGGGGAAAGAUUAAGUGAAUUCUCACCUAGCUGAAUAUUGAUUGGGGGGACCGACCUCGGACAGUCGACGCCCGCUCGCCGGGGAACAUAAAAAUAAAUACAAGCGAUAAAGAG